AAAAAGGAAGAAUCCAGCUUCACAUCCGAGGAUGCGGUUCUGGCGUCGGUCGGCAUCAUGAAGGGCAGCCCCGACCACGGGCUGCUGGUGUCCGAGAGCAUGUGCCUGGCGCUGGAGGAGCUGAUCCAGGCGUGCUGUGAGGAAGAUGAAGGAGUUCCAGUGGUUCUAGUGUGUGGCCCAAAAAACACUGGGAAAUCGACAUUUAACAGAUACCUGAUCAAUCUGUUACUGAAUCGCCUUCCCUCGGUUGAAUAUAUGGAAUGUGACAUAGGUCAGACUGAGUUUACGCCGCCUGGGUGCGUGUCACUGAGCAACGUGACAGAGCCAAUUCUUGGUCCACCAUUCACCCAUCAACAGACACCACGCAAGAUGGUGUAUUAUGGGCAGACCAGUUGUGAGCAGGACACAGAAAGGUACCUCGAUGUCGUGAAGUACGUGUUCAGCUCCUACAAGAAGGAAGUGCCUUUAGUCAUCAACACCAUGGGCUGGGUGAAAGGUGAGGGGUUGCUGCUUCUCAUUGAUAUCAUCCGGCUGUUGUCACCCAGUCACAUUGUGCAGAUGGAUGUGUACGACUGGAAGGCCAUGGCUCCGCUCACCCCCGAGCACGUUCACCUCACUCCUGGGCUCUACACCAAGGGCAAGCAGCAGGCCAAGUGCAAGCAGAUGGGUGCGGAUGGAGUGGAGAGCUGGAAGCCCUCUGAAGGGGAGGGAGACGCAUCAGCUCCCGAGUACAAGCUGCUGUACGUCCACCCGGAGUUCCCUCGAGCAGGGGUUGCAGGUGAAGCGCGAGUGCACAGCGGUAUCCUGCGGGACAUGUCCAUGCUGGGCUACCUGGGCCAGCUGCAGGCCCCGGACAUCGGCGCCGUGCUUCCACUGCACAGCCUUGUGCCAUACCAGGUACCUUUCAGUGCCAUUGCCCUCAGGGUUAUUCACACUGAUGUUGCUCCUACCAACAUCAUGUAUGCGGUGAACGCCAGCUGGGUCGGGCUCUGCAGGAUACCAGAUGAGAUCAGAUGCCAAACUGAUGGGCCAGUGCUGCUGACACAGACACCAGUCUGUGAUUGCCUCGGCUUCGGAAUUGUCCGAGGGGUUGACAUGGAGAAGAAGCUGUACCACAUUCUGACGCCGGUGCCUCCGGAGAACCUGCGGCUGGUGAAUUGUCUGCUCCUUGGCAAUAUUGCGAUCCCCAGCUGCAUUCUUGUGGGCCAGCAAGGAGUCGAGGGAGAGAUCCCCUAUGUCACAUCCGAUUACAACUACAGCAUCCUGGGCUCUGGAAAGCUGAAAAAGAAGAAGCAUUUUAAGAGGAGGGAGUAUGCGUUCGAGUGUGACUAUACCUAG